GGGUCCGGAUGGCGUGUGGCAGCAGGAGAGUCACCAUCCAGCUGGUGAACGAGGAGGCAGAGCCCGGAACCAAGGGCCCAAAGCCUUUUCGGGGCCAGAGCUACAGAGCAAUCCAAGCAGCCUGCCUGGAUGAGGGCAUCCUGUUCCGAGAUCCCUACUUCCCUGCCGGCCCUGAUGCCCUUGGCUAUGACCAGCUGGGGCCGGACUCCGAGAAGGCCAAAGGGGUGGAAUGGAAGAGGCCCCAUGAGUUCUGUGCUGAGCCCCAGUUCAUCUGUGAGGACAUGAGCCGAACAGAUGUGUGUCAGGGGAGCCUGGGUAACUGCUGGUUUCUCGCGGCCGCUGCCUCCCUCACCCUGUACCCCCGGCUCCUGUGCCGGGUGGUCCCCCCGGGUCAGGGUUUCCAAGAUGGCUACACAGGUGUCUUCCACUUCCAGCUCUGGCAGUUUGGACACUGGGUGGACGUCGUGGUGGACGACAGGCUGCCUGUGCGUGAGGGGAAGCUGGUGUUCGUGCGCUCGGCUCAGCGGAACGAGUUCUGGGCCCCCCUUCUGGAAAAGGCCUAUGCUAAGCUCCACGGCUCCUACGAGGUGAUGCGAGGCGGCCACAUGAAUGAGGCUUUCGUGGACUUCACAGGCGGUGUGGGCGAGGUGCUCUACCUGAGGCAAAACGCCUCUGGCCUCUUCGCCGCCCUGCGCCACGCCCUGGCCAAGGAGUCCCUCGUGGGUGCCACAGCCCUGAGCGAUCGGGGAGAGUACCGUACGGGAGAUGGGCUGGUGAAAGGACAUGCAUAUUCUGUCACAGGCACACACAAGGUGUCACUGGGCUUCACUAAGCUGCGGCUGCUGCGGCUGCGGAACCCGUGGGGCCGCGUGGAGUGGACCGGAGCCUGGAGCGACAGCUGCCCGCGCUGGGAUGAGCUCCCCACAGAGUGGCGAGAUGCCUUGUUGGUGAGAAAGGAAGACGGCGAGUUCUGGAUGGAGCUGCAGGACUUCCUCUGCCACUUUGACACCGUCCAGAUCUGUUCACUGAGCCCGGAGGUGCUGGGCCCCAGCCCGGCUGGAGGCGGCUGGAACAUCCACACCUUCCAAGGCCGCUGGGUGCGCGGGUUCAGCUCUGGCGGGAGCCAGCCCGGUGCCGAAACCUUCUGGACCAACCCCCAGUUCCGGCUGACACUGCUGGAGCCUGAUGAGGAGGAUGAAGAUGAGGAGGGGCCCUGGGGGGGCUGGGGGGCCACGGGGUCACGGGGCCCCACGCAGGGGGGCCGCAAUCCCAAGUGCACUGUUCUCCUGUCACUCAUCCAGCGCAACCGGCGCCGCCUGAGGGCCCAGGGCCUCACGUACCUCACCGUGGGCUUCCACGUGUUCCAGAUCCCAGAGGAGCUGCUGGGCCUGUGGGACUCCCCGCGCAGCCGCGCGCUCCUGCCGAGCCUGCUGCGCGCUGACCGCUCGCCCUUCUGCGCCCGCCGCGACGUGAGCCGCCGCUGCCGGCUGCGUCCCGGCCACUACCUGGUGGUGCCCAGCACCGCCCGCGCCGGCGACGAGGCCGACUUCACGCUGCGUGUCUUCUCAGAGCGCCGCCACACCGCCAUGGAGAUUGAUGACGUGAUCAGCGCGGACCUUCAUGCCCUCAUGGUCCCCUACAUUCCCCUGGAGCUGGGAUUGGAGCAGCUGUUCCGGGAGCUGGCAGGAGAGGAGGAAGAACUCCGUGCCCCUCAGCUCCAGACCUUGCUAAGCAUUGCCUUGGAGCCUGCCAGGGCCCAUGCCUGGACCCCUAGAGAGAUCGGGCUCAGGACCUGUGAGCAGCUGCUGCGGUGCUUCGGGCAUGGGCGAAGCCUGGCCCUGUACCACUUCCAGCAGCUCUGGGGCCACCUCCUGGAGUGGCAGGCCACAUUUGACAAAUUCGACGAGGACGCCUCUGGAACCAUGAACUCCUACGAGCUGAGGCUGGCCUUGAACGCGGCAGGCUUCCACCUGAACAACCAGCUGACGCAGGCCCUCACGAGCCGCUACCGGGACAGCCGUCUGCGUGUGGACUUUGAGCGCUUUGUGUCCUGUAUGGCCCAGCUCCUCUGCCUCUUCCGCCACUGCAGCCAGCACCUGGACGGGGGCGAGGGAGUCAUCUGCCUGACCCACAGACAGUGGAUGGAGGUGGCCACCUUCUCCUAGCAUCUCAGCAUGGAGCACCUGCAGCUGGAGGCAGGAGAGCUGCUGGGAGCCCUGUCCUUCCCGCCUCCCAGCCUGGGCCAGGA